AUGAGCGCGAUCCCUAGCAUACUGUCUCUGUUUCUGGCCGCUGUGGCCGUGGGUCAAAUUCAACCCUCGGGUGUGACGAGACCAAUCGUCCAGGAUUGUGGCUUUAAUGGAACUGUCGUCUGUGUGAAUAAAUAUGGCGCUGUACUGCCUUACCACUUCAACCGGUCCAUCUCCAACAACAACGCCGACUACGACUUCAGGAACACAAGCGUUGGGAACGCCUCGACGUUUGACCUGCUUGAUGGCGCAGAUUUCGUUGUCUUCGAACGACAGCGUGGCAUGCAGUACCUAGGAUCAAAUCCGAGCUACGAGUUCAUGUUCGCAGUCUCCAAGGCCGUGCAUGAAGCUCCAGUCUAUGCUCCACAGCAGAAUCUGUUGUUCAUCUCCCAGUUGGCGCCUCCUCCCGGCUAUCUGCCUCAGCUGGUCGUGAACUUGAACGAUGACCCUCCAACGCUGAGCGAGUACCUCCCAAAUCCACCGGUCUAUGCUCCAAAUGGCGGGACAUUCCGGGACGGUCUCAUUGUUUUCGGCGCGAGCGGAGGCAAUGACAGUAUUGGCGGAGGAGAGCAGAGAGUUUCGCUUCGAACGGUGGAUCCUGCCACCAAUCGUUCGACAGUGCUCCUGAACAACUACUUUGGGUUCUACUUCAACACCAUCGACGACGUGGCUGUCCACCCUGUCUCGAAGGAUAUCUUCUUUACCGACCCGCAAUAUAGUUGGUUCAACGCCUUGACAGACACCGCCCCACAGUUACCCUGUGCAAGCUACCGGUUCAACCCAGCCACGGGUGCUACAUUCCUCGUCGAGGAUACUCUGGAGCAACCCAAUGGCAUCGCAUUCUCCCCCGACGGCACAACCUUGUACAUCUCCGAUACAGGCGCUGUAUCGGGGACUAUCUCCCCCCAACUCGGCAGCCAGGGCACCACCUUCAACACCACGGGCAAACGCACCAUCUACGCCUGGGACGUGUCGAACAACGGCACCAGAAUCUCCAACAAGCGCGCCUUUUACCUCGCGCAGGACUGGGUCCCGGAUGGAUUGAAGGUGUCUCAAGAGGGGCUUGUGCUCACGGGGUCGGGUCACGGUGUCGAUGUCCUGGACGAUGCGGGCCAGCUGCUCAUUCGGAUUCAGACGAACUAUACGGUUCAGAAUUUCGCGUGGACGGGCGAGAACCUGACCACGUUGUGGCUCAUGGGGAAUAACGGCAUCAGCAAGGUCGAGUGGAAUAUCACGGGGCAACGACUGACCUAA